AUGUCGUCGAUGCGCGGUCUCGUCCAAUUCAUAGCCGACCUCCGAAAUGCCCGGGCGAGAGAACUGGAGGAGAAGCGAAUCAAUAAAGAACUGGCCAACAUCCGCCAGAAAUUCAAGAGCGAGAAAUUGGAUGGCUACCAGAAGAAAAAAUACGUCUGCAAGUUGCUCUACAUCUACAUCCAAGGGUACAAUGUCGACUUUGGACACCUGGAAGCCGUUAACCUGAUCUCCGCAACCAAAUACUCCGAGAAGCAGAUCGGCUACCUGGCCGUCACCCUAUUCCUGCACGAGCAGCACGAGCUCCUGCAUUUGGUGGUCAACAGUAUCCGAAAGGACCUGUUGGAUUACAAUGAACUCAACAACUGUUUGGCCUUGCAUGCGGUGGCCAAUGUGGGUGGUAGAGAGAUGGGCGAGGCGCUCAGUGCGGACGUCCAUCGGCUGAUGAUCUCCCCUACCUCCAAAUCCUUUGUCAAGAAGAAGGCCGCCUUGACGCUGCUCCGGCUCUACCGAAAGCACCCGGCUAUAAUUCAAAGAGAGUGGGCAGAAAGAAUAAUAUCACUGAUGGACGAUCCUGAUAUGGGUGUGGUGCUCUCUGUCACUUCUCUCAUCAUGGCUCUGAUUCAAGACAACCCGGAGGCGUACAAGGGGAGCUAUGUCAAGGCAGCUCAGAGGCUGAGAAAGAUUGUCAUUGAGAACGACAUCUCGCCGGAUUAUUUGUACUACAAAGUCCCUUGCCCGUGGAUCCAAGUCAAAUUUCUAAAGUUGCUGCAAUAUUACCCUGCUUCAGAAGAUUCGCACAUCCGCGAUAUCAUUCGCGAAUCACUCCAGGCCAUCAUGCAAGCAGCUACAGAGGCGCCCAAAAAUGUGCAACAGAAUAACGCUCAGAAUGCCGUGUUGUUUGAGGCCAUCAACCUUCUCAUCCACCUUGACACAGAGCACCAGCUCAUGAUGCAGAUUUCUUCCAAACUGGGAAGAUUCAUUCAGUCGCGUGAAACAAACGUGCGGUACUUGGGUUUGGAUGCCAUGACCCAUUUUGCUGCCAGGUCCGACACUCUGGAUCCCAUCAAACGGCACCAAAAUAUCAUCAUCAGUUCGCUGCGAGACCGAGAUAUCAGCGUUAGGAGGAAGGGCUUGGAUUUGUUGUACAGCAUGUGUGACACGACCAAUGCUCAACCAAUCGUCAAUGAACUGUUAAAGUACCUGCAAACUGCGGAUUUCUCAAUACGCGAAGAAAUGACGCUCAAGAUUGCGAUUCUAACGGAGAAAUACGCCACUGAUGCUCAGUGGUAUAUUGAUAUCUCCCUGAGAUUGCUGGCCAUGGCUGGUGAUCAUGUCAGCGACGAGGUCUGGCAACGCGUGGUCCAGAUCGUCACCAAUAACGAAGAACUGCAACCCUACGCAGCACAGCAUAUCUUUGACUAUUUGAAAACCGACAAUUGCCACGACACGCUCGUCAAAAUCGGAGGUUAUAUUCUUGGGGAGUUCGGCCACCUUAUAGCCGACAACAAAGGAUGUAGUCCGAUCGAGCAACUGAUGGUGCUGCAAACGAAGAUGCUGUCAGCUCCCGACCCCACAAGGGCUCUGCUGCUGUCAACAUUUGUCAAGUUCGUCAAUCUGUUCCCAGAGAUCAAACCACAGUUGCUCCAGAUGUUCCAGUUCUACAGCCACUCGCCCGACUCAGAGUUGCAACAGAGGGCAUGUGAAUACUUGACUAUUGCGACUCUACCGACUGAUGACCUACUACGAACCAUUUGCGACGAAAUGCCCCCGUUUUCUGAACGAGCCUCCAUCCUCCUGCAAAGGCUGCACAAGAAGAGUGCCGGGAUCAGCGAAAGGAGAACGUGGGUAGUUGGCGGCAAGGACGCCAAUGCCGAUGAAAAAGAAGUUUUGCUGGCCCAGCAGACAGGGCUCAAGCGAUCCUUUACCACUAUCGUCAAUGGAGCAACUGGAAAUACGAAUGGCGCCGCAGUCACACCGGGACAGAAUGGAACGACCAGUGCUGCAAAGGACCUGGAAGGACUGGAUAUGAACGGCCAUGACGAUGACGUGAAGUCUUCCAGUCUCACGAGCACAGUCCAUCUUUCGCCAGACUGGGAGAUCGGCUAUGACAAUCUGUUCUUUGCCGACGAAGGUGUCUUGUACGAAGAUCCCCAGAUUCAAGUCGGCAUGAGGGCAGAGUAUCGUGGUCACCUCGGGGUGAUCAAGCUGUACUUCACCAACAAGGCCUCAUUUUCAGUUGGCUCCUUCACGACCACUCUGGAUAACAAAUCGGGCCCCAGCCUCAAAAUUGAUAACAAGAAUCUCCCUGAUUCAACAGUCAGUGCAGACUCGCAAGUCCAACAGACCAUUGUGUGUACUUCGGUCGCGCCAUUCUCGGAAGCGCCAACCAUCCGCAUCUCAUAUCUCGCCGGAGCCCUGCAGGGAUAUACUCUGAAGUUGCCAAUCCUACCCCACCGGUUCAUGGAUCCAUCGGAACUCUCCGCGGAGGAUUUCUUCAAACGUUGGCGGCAGAUUGGAGCGGGCCCCCUUGAAGCGCAAAGUACAUUCGGCAUGCGCAAUCCUUUGGCGCCAAUGAACGACCAAUUUGUCCGCGAAACCGUUGCAGGAUUCCGUUGGCGCCUGUUGGACAACGUGGAUCCAAAUCCAAAGAACAUUGUUGGAUGUGCGGUGUUGCAGUUGGAGAAGGGAAAGACGGGAUGUCUACUCAGACUAGAGCCCAAUCAUCAGCAAAAGAUGUUCCGCGUCACUAUUCGUGCGACACAGGAAAAGGUUCCUGAAAUCCUGUUGAAACUCAUGCACGAACGACUUGCUAGAGGGCCUCCAAUGUAG